AUGUCGGACGAAAAAGAAAAUCCUUGGGGUUUGAAGACGGACUCCAAUAGGACUUCCAACCCGGGCUUUAACCGAGAGACCACAGCGACAGAGGUAGCAAGCACUUUCAGCAAUGUAGUGCGAGGCAAAACAGUCAUUGUCGUUGGGGUGUCGCCAAAAAGCCUCGGCGAGUCAAUAACACUGGCAUUUGCCGCAAAUUCGCCCCAACUUUUAGUGCUAGCCUCACGGACAAUGUCGAAGAUCAAGGCUGUCGCGACAAAGGUAAAAGAACAGUAUCCCAACGUGCAACUUCAACUCGUCGAGGUUGAUUUAUCGUCUUUCGCAUCGAUCCGUGAGGCAGCCACGGAAAUCAACAACUUUGUCGAUGAAAUUGACAUACUGGUCAACAAUGCGGGUGUGGUGGUGACGGAUCCCAGAACUACGAAAGAUGGGCUCGAGCUCCAGUUCGGCACAAAUCAUAUUGGCAUAUUCCUCUUGACGAAUCUCCUCAUGCCCAAGAUUCUCAAAGCCGCACAAAAAUCUCAGUCGAAAGGUUCGACCCGCAUAAUCAACAUGACAAGCGCCGGGCAUCUUAUAUCUCCUAUCCGCUUCAGCGACUACAACUUCAAGAAGCGACCAGAAGAGAUUCCAGAAGACGAACGACCAACGUCAAGACCCGGAGCGUCAUUCGAUCCUCCUCCGGGAAAGACAUACGUCCCUUUCGUCGCUUACGGACAGUCCAAGACCGGGAACAUCCUCAUGGCCCUAUCUAUCUCUCAGAAGUUGGCAAGCGAGGGUGUGAGGUCGAUAGCUACGCAUCCCGGGUCGAUUUGGACGGAUAUGUCACGCAACCUGGACGAAGAGCACCGGAAUAUCAUUGAAAAGACAGGCGAUUUCUGGAAGAAUCAGGAUCAAGGCGGUGCAACGACUCUGGUGGCGGCAUUGGAUCCCAAGCUUGCCGAGGACAAGGACAUCAUCUACCUCGCCGAUUGUCAAGUCGCUGGCUGCGCACCCUGGGCGAGUGAUCCGAAAGCAGCAGCGAGGCUGUGGGGAUUGAGCGAAGAGAUCGUGGGACAGAAGUUCGACUUGGGCCAGGCAAGUAACCUGUGA